AUGGAUGAUUUUAUAAAUGAUGAAAUAAAUUCAACUGAUGAAAAUGAGCCUGUUUUACUUGAAGUUAACGAUUUAAUAAAAGCAAAAUGGAGGAAGGACAAAAGUAACAAAAAUACAUAUUUGAAUUCUUCGAGUGUGUAUUAUUACAGACCCCAAUUGACAGUACAUAAUCCUGUUGAUGAUUUAGGUGACUACAAUGAUGGUGAAAGAGAUGAUGAGUGCUUACUUUCCCAUGAUAAAAUUUCAAAUAAUAUAAAUAAAGAGCGUUAUAAUAAAAAAUCGUUCAUAAAUUAUUUCAAAUUAAUGUUUUUACGAUCAAAAUUAACAAAUUAUUAUGAACAAGGAAUUAAUAAAAUGAAAAAUCUUUUUACUAAUGAAAAAAAAAAAGAAAAUGAUUUUUUUGGUUACACAGAUAAUUUUCCAUCGGAAUAUUUGAAUAUAUUAGCAACCCGUUUAUAUUAUUCAAAAAUUACGAAAUAUUUAUAUUUUUUUGUUAUUAUAUUAAAUAUUUAUAUCCUUAUAACUACUAUUUUUACUCAAAUGAUGAGUAAAUUUGUUGUGAUUUCAGAAAUUUUUGUGAUAAUCAUGUUAUUAAUAGAAGUCUUAUUGCGACUAACAACACAGGGAAGACGCUAUUUUUACCAUUUUGAUGGUUUGUUUGAUGUAUUAAUAACAAUUAUGUGUUUCCUUUUAUUGAUAAGUAGUGGAGAUUUAAAAGUAUUUUAUGCAGACAAUACUGCUAAAACAAAAAAAAAUGAGAUUGAAGAAAUUAUUUCUCAAAGUUUAACAAUUUUACGGUUUUCACUUCAAUUCUUUCGAACUAUAACCCUUUUUAUGCAUUGCAAAAGGACUGAGGAGCCCGUUGAAAAAAUAGAUUUUUCAUUACUAAAUUUGCCCAAUGAUGAUGCAUAA